AUAUACAACAGAAUUCGAAAGCACCUGGGCAAUUAUGCUAAAACAAUUAUUCGCCUCAGGCUCAGGGAAGAUUUUUUUAACAAUUUCCUCGACCUCGUCUCGGGAAUUAUUGAACAAUAUUCACUUAGCCUUCAGCGAAUAAUUGUUAGUUACAAGGAAAACAACUUUUCCGCUAAUUCCUUCAACUAACUUGAGCCACGAUAUGUUGAUUUCUGACUUUCUGUUUGAUCCACUCUCUUUGUAGCUUUUACUUGGACAAUUGCCACACCAUAUUUAGAAUAUCCAGCUGUUUUUCAACUCACAUGAAGCGGGAAAAAUGGAGACAGAAAAAAAGGAGACGGUUGUAGAGUGCGGCACUCAAGUGGAUAUACGAGAUUUCGCAAUCCGCACGUGUACAAGCGUGGCAGUACAAGUUGAACCUAGUGACUUUCAAACCGUCCAAGAAGUAACGAAGGACAGCGACGCCUUACCGCUUCUGACAACCCAGCCAUCCAGAGAGGAAUUCGUCGAGAAAGCGAACCCGGAAUACCGCUGCGAUUACUGCUAUGGAUGCUUAUUUUGUGAAAAGGGACAUGCGUGGUAUAGCAUUCGUGGUAAAGCCUGCCUCUGGGUGUUACUUCUAACGCCAGGGUACCUUAUAUUGGGCGUGUUUCUGUUACCCUUCUUCAUUCUAAUGGGUAUAGCUUACUGCGUCGCUGCCGCCAUAGAAUGACUUGUUGUUGGCGUAUUCAACGUUUUGCUCAAAUCAAGAGCGUACGAGAGAAAUGGAUGGACAUUUGUUGAAAAAGCGUAUAUAUAAAAAAUCAUUUUCGACUUCUCAGAUGUGCUAUUAUUUAUUGCGACAAAAAAAAAAACGUUUAUGGUGUGUGCAAAUGUAAAUAAAAUUUUCAAAUAUAGA